AUGACUUAGUAAUCAAAUUUAAAGUUAAAAUGUUAACAAGAUGAUUAUAAGGAUGAAAUAGACACAGUUUGUUACAACUAGUAUUGAACAGAAUUUACAUUUUAUAGUUUUAAAGGUAUUAAAAAAGUAAGAAUCCAUCAAGAUCAUUUUGAUAAUGUUGAAAAAAUUAACAGUUUGAUAGAUUUUAUUUAAAGUAAAAAUAAUGAAUGUGAUAAUUUGAUUAAUGAUCUUAAUACAUUUGUAGAAAAUAUGAAUUAAUUAUUUUCAUAGUUAACAAUUGGAAUCAGUUAUAAACAUUCAUUAUAGAAGGAAAAUUAAUACAUUUGAAUUCAUUAUAAUUAAAUGAUUACUUUAAUUCAACUAUCAAAUUAAUUGAAUACAAAUAAUCAAUCACAGCAAUAAUUUCAGAAUAAACAAAGAAACUAACUCAUUCAUUUAACAAUUUAUAUGAAUAAUUAUCAUUAUCAUAUUUUAAUUAUUAUGAGAUUCAUGAUAAAUCUAAAAAAUUAUCUAAUGAAUUAUAUGAUAAAAGAUUGUAUUAAUCCUUAAGUUAUGAUUUAAAGGGAAAUCUUAUAAUUAUGUUUAUUAUUAGAUUAAUCAAUACAAUAAAAUCCUAAUAACCAUUUAUCUUUGUGGUGUAAAUGUAAAAUUAUAGAUAAUUUAUAGGUGCAUGUUUGAUCACAUUUUAUUAAUUAAUUAAAAUAUAAAGUAGUUAAAUAAAAAAGAGGAUGUAAUCACUGGUUAGUCAAAGUAUUAACGAUUGAUCCUAAGCAUUUUCUUUCAUUAAAUGACAAAGGUUAAUUGAAUCAUAAUUAUAUUAAUAGGUAGAUGUUUAUAAGUUUAUUAUUAAUUUAUUAAAAAUAUAAGGAUGCAAUCACCCGGUCGGACAAAGCAUUAGUAAUUGAUCCUAAUGAUGCUUUUUCCUUAAUGAAAAAGGUAAAUUGAAUCAUAAUUAUAAUCAUAGGUGCAUGUUUAAAAUUAUUGA